GCUAUUAGUGGGAUUUCAUUCACCACAACGACAGAGUAGAGAGUAGAUAGAUAGACCAGAUACCCAUUAGAAAGUUGAAAACUUGGACAAGAACAGGGAAAGGAAAGCAACGAGCCUCGCCUUCCGAUAUGGUAUCUCUCAACUCAAUCAAAGAUCAAACCCUCUUGCUCACCAAGAAAUUCCUCCCAUGGACUCUCUACAUUCUUCUUCCCAUCGCUCUCCUUCGCUUAUUCUUUUCCCCUCUUCCUUUUCUUCCUUCUCCAGACGCCGACCUCCCUCACUCCACCCUCAUCACCAUCCCCUCUCUCUCUUCCCCUUCUCCUCCAUCUUCUUCUGCAGGAGAGUCUCUGAUUUCUUCAUGUGACUACUUUAAUGGCAAGUGGGUUCGUGACAGAAGAGGUCCUUUGUAUAAUGGCACGACUUGUGGUACAAUCAAAGAAGGCCAGAACUGCAUCGCCCAUGGAAGACCAGAUUUGGGUUAUCUUUACUGGAGAUGGAAGCCAACACAGUGCAAUCUCCCCAGGUUUGAGCCUCUUGCUUUUCUGCAACUUCUCAAGAACAAGCACUUAGCUUUUGUCGGAGAUUCCAUGGCCAGAAAUCAACUAGAGUCCCUUCUCUGCCUUCUUGCCACUGCUUCAACCCCUAACCUUGUAUACAGAAACGGCGAGGACAACAAAUUUCGCAGGUGGCUCUUUUCUUCUCACAACGUAAGUCUCUCGGUUUAUUGGUCUCCAUUUCUUGUGAAAGGUAUUGAAAAAUCAAGCAGGGGUCCGAAUCAUAACAAGCUGUAUCUGGAUAUUGUUGAUGAGAGAUGGGCAGGUGAAAUGGGUCAAAUGGACAUGAUUGUGCUGUCUAUAGGGCACUGGUUCUUGCAUCCUGCGGUUUAUUACGAGGCUGAUUCAGUCUUAGGUUGCCAUUAUUGUCCUGGUCUGAACCACACAGAGAUAGGGUUCUUUGAUGUGUUGAGGAAGGCCUUAAGAACUGCCCUUAAUAGCAUCAUUGAGAAGAAAUCAGCAAAAGGGGAAGCAAUUGAUGUUACAGUGACAACAUUUUCACCUGCGCAUUUUGAAGGGGAGUGGGAUAAAGCAGGUGCUUGUCCAAAGACCAAGCCUUACAGAAAGGGAGAGAAGGAGCUAGAAGGAAUGGAUAGUGAUAUGAGAAAGAUUGAGAUGGAAGAAGUAGGAGCUGCAAAAGAAAAAGCUUUGAAUAAGUAUAAAGGGUUUAGAUUAGAAGCAUUAGAUGUGACAAAAUUAGCAUUGAUGAGACCAGAUGGGCAUCCAGGUCCUUAUAUGCAUGCAUUUCCGUUUGCCAAUGGAGUUCAAGAGCGUGUUCAAAAUGAUUGUGUUCAUUGGUGCUUGCCAGGUCCUAUAGACACAUGGAAUGAGAUUUUUCUGGAAAUGGUGAAGAAAUGGAGGAAUGAGAAUAGCACAGAAAUGGAUGAAGAAUGAAAUGAGGCAUCCUAUUUCUCUCAGAUCUUGUUUGGCACUCUGGUUCUGUGAUUAUUUACGAAUGUUUCCUCCAUGUGGGGGAGAGGCAAUUCUUGUCUUGGAAGAAGAUUGAUUAUUGUUUUAUUGAUUCUGCUUGGGCUCUCCUCUGUAUAAUGGAAAGGAAGAGGAUUUGGAAACACAUGUAUCCUUUUUUUAUUUUUUAUUUUAACGAGGGAAAUUGGAAAUGGAAAGGCAUAUUAUGAAUACUAUUACCAAGAGACAGUGAUAGUAUAUUUGGAAUUUAUUAUGUGGAUGGUUGGCUAGUCUAGAAGGGUACAAAAUGGAUUUGGAUUCACUGACUAGUUAAUACAGGUAUUGAAUACAUAUAGUAUUUAAACCGUUGAAAUCCAUAUCAACGAUUCUAAAUUUAUAUCCCAUUUAAAAUUAAUAAAUGAGUUAUUUUAUUUGAA